AUGGCAGCUUUGUCUUCUGAGUAUAAGUCUGGUGCAUCACAAAAUUCAGCCAAAUUGGAAGCAUAUCAAGAAUCCUAUCUUUACGUAUUACUCUCUUCUUCUAUACUCAAAUUUGGAGGCCCUUUCACGUUGAAAAGUGGACGUCAAUCUCCAUACUUUUUCAAUGCAGGCCUUUUUUGCACAGGAGAAAGCAUUUCUACAGUUGCAAGCUGCUAUGCACAAAGGAUCAUCCAAUCUGGCGUACAGUUCGACGUUCUCUUUGGUCCUGCUUACAAGGGUAUUCCUCUCGCAGCAACUGUUGCUAUGGCUCUUAAAUUGCAUCAUGGUAUCGAUGUAGGAUUCUCUUAUAAUCGUAAAGAGGCUAAAACUCAUGGAGAAGGUGGUACUCUGGUUGGUGCACCUCUUAAAGGUCGUGUAUUGAUCUUGGAUGAUGUUAUGACUGCUGGAACGGCUAUCAAUGAAGCAGUAUCUUUCAUCGAAGCAGCUCAAGAUGCCACCUUGGUUGGUGUAUGCAUUGCUUUGGAUCGUCAAGAACGUAUCAAUGAUCAAGAUGAACGAAGUACUGUAGAAGUCGUUUCACAGAGACUCAAUGUUCCCGUACUCAGCGUUGUUGGCCUAGACCAAAUCAUCACAUUCAUGGAAAGUCGUGGAGGGUAUGCUACAGAAAUUACUGGAAUGAAAGAAUAUCGCAAACGUUACGGUGGAAGUUCAUCAAUCGCAAAAUAG